AGAGCAAGAUGAAGUUCCUGGUGUUUGCACUGCUGCUGGUGGCUGGAGCCAACGGGAAGGUCUUUGAGCGCUGCGACUGGGCUCGGACGUUGAAGGAGCAUGGGAUGGACGGAUACAAAGGAGUCAGCCUGGCCAACUGGGUUUGUCUGACCCGCUGGGUGUCCACUUACAACACCCGGGCUUUCAAACACAACUCUGACAGAUCCAGUGACAUCGGCAUCUUCCAGAUCAACAGCCGCUGGUGCGAUGACGGACACACCCAAUCGUCCAACGCCUGCCAAGUCAGCUGCAGCGAUCUCCUGACUGACGACGUGGACAAGGCGAUUAACUGCGCUAAACGAGUUGUUGAGGAUCCUGCAGGACUCGGAGCCUGGGUGGCCUGGCGUGCACACUGCAAGAACCAAGACCUGAACCCGUAUCUGGAUGGAUGUCAUCUUUGA